AUGGCGUCCUCCUCGUCGCCCUCCUUCCUCGGCCUCCGCGGCCAACCCCUCGUCUACGCCGUCACCCUCUGCUGCUCCAUCGGCUUCCUGCUGUUCGGCUACGACCUGGGCUUCAUGGGCGGCCUGACCACCUCGCCCGAGUUCCUGGCCGUCUUCAACAAUCCGGGCUCGUCGCUGCUGGCCUUUCUUGUCGCCUCCUACGAGGUGGGCUCCAUGUUCGGUGCCGUGUCCCAGUUCGCCAUGGGUGAUCGCUUCGGCCGCAAGCCUAACAACAUCGCUGGCGCCGUCAUCGUCGCUAUCGGGGCCACUCUUCAGGCAUCCUCGUUCGGCCUGGCCCAGUUCCUUGUUGGCCGUCUGGUUGCUGGCUUUGGCCUUGGUAUCAUGACGACCGUCAUCCCGAUCUGGCUGUCUGAAUGUACCACCCCCAAGUCCCGCGGCCGCAUGAUGGCCAUGCAGCUGUCCAACCUCAUCAUGGGCCUCAUCAUCGCCAACUGGCUCGACUACGGCAUGGCGUCCUACCCCGGCUCCAUCCAGUGGCGGCUGCCGUGCGCCUUCCAGAUCGUCUUCUGCAUCAUCGUCGUCGUCUUCAUGCCCUUCCUGCCCGAGUCGCCGCGCUGGCUGUGCGCCGCCGAGAAGCUGCCACGCGCCC